CACUUUUAAGUUUUAAAUUUUAAUUCGAAAAGCUAGCGAGAUCAAAUUCUCAGACCCAAAACCCUGAUCAGAAAAUUUAGGGCUCAAAAUCUUAAUUUUUGUAAUGUUAAGGGCGUCUUGCUCUAUUGAAGAGAUCGUUGAAGCGUAGUCGAUCUAGUGCUUUCUCUUUUGCCAGAUUUCCUUUUUCUUCUGUUCUUUUCUGGGAUACAGUUGAAAUCUAGGGUUUCUUACUCCUGGUUUUAAAUGGAUCUCCCUCAAGAACUCGACGACUACAUGAAAGAAUCGAUCGAACACUCCUUGGGUCUUCCUGUAUCUGCGCAAACGCUUCAGUUAAAGCUUCAAGCAUCUGAGGAAUCCCAACGCCGACUUCGCGAGCAGUACAUUCGACUCGUUUCAAAAUUGAAAGAAAAGGACGAAAUCACUGAGCGCGCUAGGGCGGAGUCGAGUAUGAAUGCGCAAGCGUUGAAAAAAUUUGUUGAUGAGAACCAGAAAUUGGCAGCAGAGUGUGCCAAUCUGUUGAGCCAGUGUAAAAGAUUGGAGAGGGAGUGUUUACUUUACGACCGUGAUAGAGAGGCAUUGAUGGAUUUUGGGAAUGAGGCUGACGAGAGGGCAAAAGAGGCGGAGAUUAGGGUCCAGCAGUUGGAGGAGAAGUUGGGGAGGUCAGCCGAGGAAUUGCACCUGUACAAGCAUGAGUACAAGUGUCGUGGCCUGGUUGAUUCAUCUGAUGAGAAAGCGGAUAUUGAAGAGACUUUACUUGAGUCAGUCUUAGCAACAUUCAUCAAUAAAAAAGAAGUUGCUUCUGGACACGCGUUCCUCGAGGGGAAUAUUGGACACGAGUCUUGUCAGAAGUUGCUCAAAAUGUGGAAUGGAUUGAGGCCAUCAACUCAAAAGGUUAUAUCAUUGGUUGCUGAAGUCAAGACUCUUGAGAAAAAUAAGGAACAUCUCAGAAUUAAUCUCAGUAGAGCUGAAGAGGAGGCCAAGCUUCUUUUUGAAGCAAACAACAUAUUGGAUGAGGAAAACAAAAAGUUAUUGAGACAAUACCACAGGGAACAGAAUGUUCAUGGUUCUGGUGGAAAACACAGCUGCAGUGCUUCAGCCAAGAGAAACAAGCGAAAAUCAAGUCCCAAGAUGAGUAGCCCAGUUGGGAAGAAGAUUGAUUUUGAUGAUUUGGAUUCAACCCGAUAUCCUUUGUCACCCUUGAGGUGCAACUCCCCGGAAUCUAGAAUGCAUAAGACGUGACUACAAGUCCUCAUACAUCAUGCUAACUUCUCUUACCGCCUGGUAAUUCUUGGUAUUUUGGAUGGUUUCCCUAAAUAGCUUUUCUUGAACCAAAGCAAAAAAAGGAGAAGGAAAAUUAUUAUUUUUCUUGAAGCUCUGUAUAUGCUAUUUGCAGAACACUCUUAAGUGCUCGCGAGUUGGGGGUCUUUUACAUUCCUUUCUCUUUAAUCUUGUAUUUUUCAAUGAUGGUCCGGGACUCUGGUGCAUAUUAAUUUGAGAAGAAGACAAUCUUGGAAGGGGAAUCAACUCAUUAUGAUCCUUUAGGGCUACAGAGUACAUACAUACCUUAUAAAGCAACUGCUGACCCAAGAUAUUCUCAUGUUUUCUAUGCGGUAUAUUUUCUGUGGAAUUCUUGUUAAUAUCCUAAAUAGCUUACUCCGAAUAGUUAUAUUAAUAUUCACUUCGUAAUAUUUUCAUUUCCACCUUCACUGUAAUUAGACAGUAGUAGUGCUAUAUCAUAAAAGAAUUUUAUCGGGUAUCCAAAGUACAACUUGUAUGAUUGCCAGGAAUGCAGCUGGUAUGCAUGUUGCGUCCAGAGCUAUUU